UUUGUUUAUUUAUUUAUUAUUUUUCUCUCAGUUGCAUCUUCUUAUUUUGCCCAAGAUCUCUGGCCAAAGCAGGGCAUAAAAAAUCAUUUCCAAAAAGUGAUACUGAGAAGAUACAAAAAAUGUGGACAUGAAAAUGUACAGUUAAGAAAAUGUCAAAGCGCGAAUGAGUGUAAGGUGUACAAAGAAUGUUCCAACGGACUUAACCAGGUUUUGACAACUACCCAGAGCAAAAGAUUUCAAUGCAACAAAUUUGUGAAAGUCUUUCAUAAAUAUUCAAAUUCAAACAGACAUAAGAUAAGACAAAGUGAAAAGGAACCUUUGAAAUGUAAAGAAUGUAAUAUGUCAUUUUGCACACUUUCACAUUUAGCUGAACAUAAAAGAAUUUAUACCAGAGAACGACCCUACAAAUUAAAAAAAUGUGGCAAAGCCUAUAAUCAGGCCUCAAACCUUUCUACAUAUAAAAAAAUUUAUACUGGAAAGAAACCCUACAAAUAUGAAGAAUGUGGACAAACCUUUAACCAGUUCUUACACCUCACUACACAUAAGAAAAUUCAUACUGGAGAGAAAACCCACAAAUGUGAGGAAUGUGGCAAAACUUUUAACCACUUCUCAACCCUUACUAGACAUAAGAUCAUUCACACUGAAGAGAAACCCUACAAAUGUGAGGUAUGUGGCAAAGCUUUUAACCAAUUCUCAACCCUUACUGGACAUAAGAUCAUUCAUACUGGAGAGAAACCCUACAAAUGUAUGGAAUGUGGCAAAGCUUAUAACCACUCUUCAAUCCUUGCUAGACAUAAGAGAAUUCAUACUGGAGAGAAACCCUACAAAUGUGAGGAAUGUGACAAAGCUUUUAGCCGUUCUUCAAUCCUUACUAGACAUAAGAGAAUCCAUACUGGAGAGAAAUCCUACACAUGUGAAGAAUGUGGCAAAUCUUUUAGGUGGCACUCAGGCUUUAGUAGACAUAAGAAGAUUCAUACUGGAGAGAAAUCCUACACGUGUGAAGAAUGUGGCAAAUCUUUUACGUGGCACUCAGGCUUUAGUAGACAUAAGAAGAUUCAUACUGGAGAGAAAUCCUACACAUGUGAAGAAUGUGGCAAGUCUUUUAGGUGUUCCUCAACUCUUACUACACAUAAGAGAAUCCAUACUGGAGACAAACCCUACAAAUGUGAGGAAUGUGGCAAAGCUUUUACCCACUCCCCAAGCCUUACUUAUCAUAAGAGAAAUCAUAUUGUAGAGAAACUCUACAAAUAUGAAGAAUGUGGGAAAACCUCUUAUCGAUUCUCACACCUUACUACACAUAAGGGAAUUCAUGCUGGAGGGAAACCCUACAAAUGUGAAGAAUGUGGCAAAGCUUUUAACCAUUCCUCGAUCCUUAGGGGACAUAAGAUCAUUCAUACUGGAGGGAAACCCUACAAAUGUGACGAAUGUGGCAAAGCUUUUAACCGCUCUUCAAACCUUGCUAGACAUAAGAGAAAUCAUACUGGAGAGAAACCCUACAAAUGUGAGGAGUGUGGCAAAGCUUUUAACCACACCUCAAUCCUCAAUAGACAUAAGAGAAUUCAUACUGGAGAGAAACCCUACAAAUGUGAAGAAUGUGGAUAAGCUUUUAAUGAAUCUUGAAAACUUACUACACAUAAGAGAAUCUGUACUGGAGAGAAACUCUACAAAUGUGAAGAAUAUGACAUAGCCUUUAGCCAGUCCUGAAAUCUUACUAGACCUAAGAUAAGUCAUAAGGAAGAGAAACCCCAAAAGUGUGAAGAAUGUGGCAAAGCCUUCAACUAGUCCUCAACUCUUAACAGACAUUAUAUGAUUCAUACUGGAGAGAAACUCUAGAAACCCGAAAGUUGUGACAAUGCUUGUGACAACAAACAUUUCCAAACAAAAGAAAUUGUGCUUAGUGAGAAGUCAUAGAAAUGUGAAUAAUGUGAGAAAGCCUUUAAAUGAUUGUCACAAUUGAUUGUAGGUAAGGUAAUUCAUACUGGAGAAAACUUCUACAAGUAUAAAUAAUGUUGCAAACCUUUUAAAUAAUGCUCACACCUUAUUGCCCAGGAAAGCAUUUACACUUGAGAACAAAUGUACAAAUUUAAUGAAAGUAAAAAAGAGGUAAAUAUAUGCUCACAAUCUUACUGUACAUGAAAGAGCUUAUACUUAAAAGAAUUAAAAUUGCAAUU